GCGAGAUUAGCGCGUCGUAUGGGGAAUCUCUGAGACGAUAGGAACACGCGUUCCGCUCAGUGCGCAACAUCCGCGGGAAGCUCGUCGUCAGGAGCGGCGCCUCACUUCGCCUGCAGUGGUUCCUGGGAACUCGGAACUGAGCGUCGCCUCGAGCAACUCGAUCGUUGCCGUGGUCGGCCAACGACAGUGGCAGCGAUCAGUGCUUCGCAUUGGAGGACUCGCACCGAUAUUGACCCGGUACCGUUUCCCUGUCUGUUGCCUGCGGAGUGGUAUCGCUGCCGUCACCGAUAAAGCGGCUGCACCAAUCAACGCUCGUUCGCUGACAACCGAGGUGCGCUGUCUCUCAAUCGGGUGCGGCCGAUAGACAUAUCAGGCUGGUUACCAACAGCCAAGAACGGGGCAGACACGUGACAAUAAUCGAAACGGGCUGAUGUAUCAACGAAAUAAUUAUGGUGGACAGUUGCCGGCUGUCUUGUUGCUGGCACUGACGCUUAGUGCGGUGGUGGUAGCUCAAGCUGCCCCCUUCAUCAAGACAUUUCAGCUACCCGAGGAAUCCGAACAAAAGCUCCUUUACGUCAAUAUGUCGCAAGGCGACGAUGUCGUGGUCGUGGGCGGAAAAAACGCCCUCUACGCGCUGUCGCCUGACUUAUCGCUCAGAGCGCUUUACAGAACGGGCCCUGAGAAUGACAGCGCGCUCUGCCCACCUCAUCCUCUGGCGUGCGAACACAGUCGAUGUGUGAGGGAUAACUACAAUCGUAUCCUCCUGCAAGUCGGCACCGAACCACUCAUUCUGGCGUGCGGGGUUACGUCGCAGGGAAUGUGCUCGAUUCACGACCCAUUGCUCAGCCCGAAUGUCACGACGCCCAUGGACAAGAACCUGACGGACAACUACGUUGCUUCGAAGGAGAGCACCGUGGCCUUCUUCGCCACCGGGGAUGACGGGAGAAAGGUCCUCUUUUCCGCAUCGGCUCCGGAUUACCGGCCUGCGGAGUACCGUCUUUUCACCGUGGCUGCCAGAGUGCUCAACACGUCGGGCUCCUUCAGAUUGCUUUCUCACACACGGGUGACCUCUGCGCACGGGGGCAACAGACUAAAGGCGGCGCAGACGCUUCGCUUUGUCUACGGCUUCAGCCACAACGGCUUCGCUUACUUCGUCGUAGUGCAGAAGGUGCAGAAGGCGUUUCAGUUCUCCUUCGAGACGCGGCUGGUGCGCGUAUGCGAGAACGACGAGUCAUCCUUCCGCACGUACGUGGAGGUACCCAUCAUGUGUCCCCCGGCAGACGGUGUGAUGUCGGCGGCCAUCAGUGCCUACCUGGGACCGUCGAAGUCUGCAAGCAGUGGUGGCAGCGGUGGGAACGGCAGCACCGACUUUCUUGCAGUGGCUUUCGGGGGGGAUCUCGCCAGCAGGAUGAGCUCAAGCUACCUGAGACUGAGUUCGUCGAGUUCGGUGGUCUGCUUUUUCGAUAUGAAAAGCGUCGAGGACAGAUUCAGGGAGACUGUGGAAAACUGCGACAAGGGAUGGUCGAGCGCGAGACUGUCGCGCCUCUACCACGACGAUGGCGACGAUCUCAAGUGUUCCCAUCACGAAACUGAAGGCAAGGACGUUUGCACACCAGGACCAAAUGACUACGUAGAAAGUAUGAUCCCGCUCGUUGGGCGAGCAACUAUAACGCUGUCAAAAAGCGUCGCAACUUCCGUCACCGUUAUGGAGCAAAACGGUUCCACCGUCGUGUGGGUUGGCGACAACAAGGGGUAUCUCCGCAAGCUGCUGCUGCGGGAUGACUCAACACGGUUGCUCGCAUCAUUGGACCUGUCGAAGGAGGGCAGCAUAAUUUACAGGAGCAUAGCUCUAGACAGCAACGGAACGUAUGGUUAUUUCAUCAUCGACAACAAGGUUAUACGGUUUCCAGUCGGUUCGUGCAAUAUAUACGAAAGCUGUUCGCAAUGCAUACAAAACCAAGAAGACCCGCUCCAAUGUGGAUGGUGCGGAGAUCACUGCGCCCAUUUCGCCGAAUGUCCUGAUCGGGAAAAGUUCUCCGUUGGUCGUUGCCCCAUAGAGGUGGAGCGGGUAUAUCCGUUGAACGGACCUGUCUCUGGCGGCACUAACAUCACGAUACUCGGUGACAACUUCGGCUCUCCUGAGCGCAAGCCUUACAGCAGCAUUGAGAUCAUGAUUGGGAACCACACUUGUGACCUAGUUUACUGGGACCCUAAGCGAGUUGAAUGCAAAGCACCCCCUGUGCAGUACAGCUCGAAAGUGGACAUUGUGAUAAGCGUAAGCGAUCUUUUCAGUAACGCCGGCAUACGUUACGACGUUCUGCAAAAUCGUACGAUUCCCUCUGGCUUCGAAUACAAGGUUGCGUCGUUCAGCGAAGUGGCGCCUAAUUAUGGGCCAAUAGCGGGAGGAACGAACGUUUCCCUGAGAGGAGUUAACCUCGACGUUGGCUUAGAGCCCGUAGUGAAAAUUGGCAGAAGCCCAUGCCGGAUACAAAGAGUCGAGAACAAGUUUCUCCAUUGUUCAACGAGCACCGUGAGCCGUGCUAUUCGGCGUCGAAAGAUGAAAGUCACCCUGGCCAUUGACGGCGUUGAGGUUCCUUUCACUACGGCGGACAGUCGGCUCCCGAUAUUCAUGUACAGGCCGAAUCCCGUGAUCAACGACAUUUAUCCCCAGAAGGCCACUUUCAGCGAGAACUUCACCGUGGAGGUCAAUGGCCACUUUCUGGGCAGCGCUGCUGCUCCAUCGAUGACAGUGCGAGUGGAUUCUUUGAACUUGAAGAAAAAGGAAACAUUUGUGAAGGUAUGUCGCGUAUUGGACGGAGGCCUCAAGAUGCUGUGUCCCGGAACGUCGCUGCUGCAGUUCUCAGUGAUCACCGAAGCCGAGUUGCGGAAGCACCGGUUUCGCGUGCCAGCGUUCAUCAGCUUCCGCAUGGACGGCCUGCAGCUGCCUCCCAGCCACCUCGGAAGAGGCGGAUACUUCAAGUUUGACUACUUGCCGACGUCUGAACUAGGCAGCUACACCGAGCAGGAAGCCUUUGCGAACGUCCCACUGGCCACUACCCGAACGGAUAAUGCAACGUUCGCUGGUGUUAAACCAUGGUAUGGCCCAGCAUCUGGAGGAACUAACAUCACUCUCUUUGGAACACACCUCGACACUGGGACAGAAAGAAGCGUGAUAAUCGGUGGAGGCAAAUGCACGAUCUACAGGAUGAACUCGACUUCGCUGGAAUGCUCAACAAGCGCCGUCGUCAACAAAAGUCACUUGGACCAAGAGAUGCAGAUCGUCCUCACUAUAGAUGGCACGGACGUUCCUUUAAUUCCAAAAGAAAACUUGAGCUCCAAGUUCACCUACAAACCUGACCCCAUCAUUGACGACGUGACACCGAGGAGGUCUACUUUCAGUGGGAACUUCUCUCUUGAGGUGACGGGCACCCAUUUGGACAGCGUGGCUCAGCCUGCCAUCGUCACUCGAGUGACCUCUCUGAACCAAGAGCAGAAAGAGAACAUAAGAAAGGAAUGCCGUGUCGUAGAGGGAGGAUUCAAGAUGCAGUGCCCUGGCACUUCACUUAUGGAGUCAUCUGUUAUCAGCCCCAGCGAGUUGAAGGGACUGAACGACUCUGUUCUGGUGUGGAUAAGUUUUCAAAUGGAUGGGCUGCAUCUUCCACAGGCCAUCGACGGCGGCAAUGGACACUUCACCUUCGUCUACCAGCCGGAGCCACAGUUUAUGAGGUUUCCAGAAUUGGAACGUGGCGUCGACCCCAGCGAUCUCGCAGUUGAAAUUACGGGAAACCACUUCGAACUUUUUAUGGACGAUGAGCAUGUUUUCGUGCGUGUGAAUGGCUUGGACGACGCCUGCAAUGUCACCAAUGUCAGCUCGCACUCGAUUGUUUGCAAGAUGAAGCCUGGCGUUCUGGAACAAGAUUCACCUUGCGCGUUAGAAGUGGUCUACGCGGGACAGAGCUACCCGGUUGGUGCCGUUAGGCUGAUGACAGCUGAGCAGCCAGGUCCUCACGUCGGUAUCAUCGCUGGCUCAACGGUGGCUGCCGCGCUUGCAGCAGUGGUCGCCGGCGUGGGGUUCCUCUUGUGCCGCCGCCGACGUCAACGGGACAAACGCACCUGGCAAACCAGCGACGUCGUUAGCUUCGACCAGCGUCACAACAAGAGCGACUCUUUGGCUAACGCAUCCAAUCGCUACGUUCGAAAAGGCAACGUUGACGCCCAACAAGCACUGAUGGAGGCCCCAUUUGACAUAGAUGAAGAAACCAGAACGAUGCUUCAAAGAGAAAACUUGCUCGUCGAUCGAGGGCGGCUCCAUUUGGGUCGUGUCAUCGGGCAAGGUCACUUCGGUUGUGUCUACCGUGGGACUAUCAAACAAGAAGACAAAGGUCAAGUUCAAGAGGUGGCAGUGAAAACUCUGCAUAGCAACUCUCGCGGUGGUGAAGUUGACAGCACGGCCUUCUUGGAGGAAGCACUCAUCAUGAAGGACUUUCACCACGUGAAUGUGCUUCCGCUCAUCGGGUUGAGCAUCGACAAGGAGGAUGGCCUCAUGGUUAUCACACCCUUCAUGAAAUACGGUGACCUGCUGUCCUACAUACGAGACGACAGAAACACACCUACAAUAAAACAACUGAUAACAUUUGGAGUCCAUGUGGCCGAAGGUAUGAAGUACUUGGCGGACACAAAGUUCGUGCACAGGGACCUCGCAGCUCGGAACUGCAUGCUGAGCGAAGACUUUAUUGUCCGUGUCGCCGACUUCGGCCUCUCCCGCGAUGUUUACGAGAAGGACUACUACAGUGGGGAUAAUAAGAAGACUAAGCUGCCCGUGAAGUGGAUGGCACCAGAGAGCUUGGAGAAAGGAAUCUACAGUCACAAGACCGACGUGUGGUCGUACGGAGUGCUCUUAUGGGAGCUGAUAACUCGCGGAGUGACACCUUAUCCUGAAGUGGACAACUGGGACAUCGUGGACUUCCUCAAACAAGGACGCCGGAUGAAGCAACCAAGCUUCUGCCCCGAUGAGUUGUACGACAUUAUGUUCAAGUGCUGGCAGGAGGACCCUAAAAAGAGACCUUCGUUCGCAAAGCUCGUCACAGAGAUCCCGAACCUUGUCGCCCGCCUCGAAAAGAAGAAGAGAAAUAAGCGACUAGGUUUGAACGUGACUUACAUCAACUGCCCACGCCCCGAGCCUGCCGACGAGGCCGGGUCAUCGACAGAAUCUAGCCCUAUUUAGACCACGUGUUCUGUUGACUGGGUUUCUGUCAACGCACGUCAAUGUACGAAACAGCGUUUACGUUCAAAGCAGAAAUUUUCGGCGCACUGGAUUAUAACACUGCAACAAAGCGAUCAGGUCAGAAGGGCAGUGCAUAUUUGGGAAGAGGACUAAACAAGAGUUCAAAAGCAAAAAGCUCUGCUCCCUGUGUCUUGUCGUUCUAUAUCCUGUGUCUGCGCUGCUCUAGGCUAUAUAUUCACCUAGAACGCAUCUUUCACGAAGGGCGCUAUCCAUUAUACGCAGGCUGAAGUAGAAAUCACUUCCACGAUCACUACAUGUACAUACUUCGUUUUCUGGUCGUCUGAUCAAGCUUGUCCAUUUCGUUCACUGCAAUCUCUUCAACACCGUGUAACACAAACGUUCUGUUAUCAUGAUUGCUAUCUUCAUUAGAAUCUCGCAUAAAUGUUUCGCUUUUCUGUUCGUAUACGGGUACGUCGUCUAGCGCGGACUUCUCUGGACAACAUCAAGCCGGUUGUACUGAAAACCGUUUUCAGAAACGAAAAUACUUGACCACGGCCAUGCGCCUGGGUGGCGUGAAAAGCAAAGGAAGUAUUAGUACAGUUCCUCCAGUCGAGAGGACAGUACAGCCAUUUGAGGAUUCGUUGUGCACAAUCACGUAUGUGCGCAACCGAUUCUAUUUAUUUCGCAUUCCUUCUCUUUGUUGUCCCUUUAACCCCUUCGCUCAGUACAGGGUAACAAAAAAGACAUGCGUCUGGUCCACGUUUCAUUCCUUCUUUCCGCUUCGUGAAAUAACAAACAGCCAAAAACGAUUUGCUUUUCCCGUCUCUAAACGAUGUCCCCACCUCACGCGACAUGCACCUCAUGAAGCAUAUUGGCAGCAUGUCGGCUACCAACAAAUUUCAGGUGACACAUGCACUUACAAUUCACCGGCACUCUCUCGCGCCGUAAUGCUUUGUAAUGGUAUCCCUGAAAACAUCCUUAGCAUUUGCGAAGUUAGAGCCUUUCGAAGAGAACUCACAGCCUACUUUUCAACUACAGCCUGAAUUUAUAAGUCAUGUAUUUCUGUAGGCAUGGCGCAUUUCAUCUGGUAUUAUACUUGUUUAACCCGGUUCUUGUGGUGUGCAUUCACACAAAACGUUUCUUCAAUGUCUAAACUUACAAUAUUGUUCUUAACAUCUAUGUUACAGUGUUAAUUAUGGUCUAACAAAAAAUCGACUCCAUUGUACUCUCUUCCCUUCACGGAAUUCAUAGCUCUUGGCAAUAUUGUCGGAAACAAUGCAAAUUUAUUACGCAAAACACUCACUUUGAUACACAUUCUAGGCAUAGCUAGCUUUCUGUAUACGACUGAUACAAGCUUGUUAUUUUCGGCGCAUACCAGUGACCACCCAGCCACGGACCUUUAAUUCACCUAUUUAGACUGGAAUUGGCAUGCAGAGGUAGGUAUUCCUUUAUCUGAUAAUUUACGUUAAAAUGUAGUCACCUAUGGGAGCAUCCUCACGACUCGUCCUCUUUACGAUUGCUAAGAGAGUGCUUUGAGAUCAACGCUCAGCGGUCUUGAUAACCGUUCUCUUAAAUAUGAAGUACUUGUACCACGGAAUGAUUAACAAAUGCAAAUAACAGUGCUGAAAGCUUUACUGCGUUUCUUCACGAACAGCGGCAUUGUAUACGGUUAUUUACAUAUUUUUUUCAGGCUUUUGUUAUCAUAUCUUCACUAACAUGUUCAUUUCCGUGUCCACGUAUUUACUCACCGGUAGUUCUCACUAUGCGUGGUUUGUCUUUAUUGUUAACCAUUCACUUAUUCAUUGUGUAAGUUUCUGAGCCCUUGCCUGUGUUUGUGACUGGCGCUUAAAUUGCUUGCUCUUUUUUUCUGAACACGUCGGUCACAUUGUACAAAAUGCAUUGUCGCUCCCACUACGUUGCUCAUCGACUCACCCUUGUCGGCGCUAAGCUUUCGUCAUUGUGUGCGAACAUGUGUGCUUUUCUUUGUUUAUCUAGUCAUGUAAUAUUGGUCUGCACUUUUAACAACAUGCUG